AACUAGGUCCCCACGGGUGGUCGAUGCCAAACGUCUUUAAGAACUCAAGUAAAAUUCGCGACUCGUUGAGAACAUCAGUUGCCAUGGUGCAGAUCAAAUUCCUGUUUGCCCUCCUUGCUGUAAUGACCAUCGUCCUAAUGGAGGCCAACACUGUUUCGGCCCGUGAUUGCCUAUCUGGAACUUUCGGCGGUGCUUGCUGGGCCUGGAGUGGAGAAAAGUGCCGACGUCUCUGCAUUGAGGAGGGACAUGUCAGUGGACACUGCAGUGGCGGGAUGAAGUGCUGGUGCGAAGGAUGCUAGAUCCACUGCAUUUCAAAAGUGCAUGCUGUAUUUUUUAUUCC